AUGUCAAAUCUUCGGGUUCUCUGUCGAGAUCAGCCUCAACGUACAAUUGCGCUGGUUUCGUCGGACCAUGCUCUAGUGUUCCACUACACAUCAACAGACACCAGUGCGAAGGACAGCCCACGCUGUCAAGUUGAGUUCUCGGACUUGGAGGAAGUGGACCUACAAGGCUACAGGCCGUUAGGAUAUGGAUAUGGAACCCUUGGUCUUGUUACUCUCAAUGAAGAUGUGUUUGUCUGUGUCGUCACCAGCUCCUCGCAAGCUGCCACCGUGAGACCUGGAGAAACCGUAUCAAGAAUUGACAAUGUAGGCUUCUAUUGUCUCAAUCGUUCAGAAUACGAGUACGGCCUAGAACAUGAGACCGCGUCUCAAUUCGCGGCCGAGGAGCGACUUGGCACAGAUGGGAAGGAUGUGGUAACUGACCAUCCUUUUCUGGCCUUAAAGAAGCUCCUUGGAGAUGGAAGCUUCUAUUACAGUCUCGAUUUCAACCUCACAGAUCGUCUGCAGGACCGAGCCAACAAACUUGUGGCGUUCGACAUCGACACUCUUGAUGAAGAUAUGCUGUGGAAUUCUUACAUGAUCAGUCCACUUCUCUUUUUCCGGAGCCACUUGCCACCAUCCGAUAAAGCCAAAUUAGAUGCAUCGCAGAUGUUAACCUGUGUUAUCCGUGGAUUUGCUAGUACACUCAAAGUACCAGCGACCAUCUCAAUUCUUCCUCAUGUGCGAACAAAUUUUCCUUCAAUGUUGACAAUCAUAUCCAGACAAUCUUCUCGGCGUGCUGGUACGAGGUUUAAUUCGAGAGGCAUUGAUGAUGAUGGGCAUGUUGCAAAUUUCGUGGAAACCGAAACUAUUCUGUGGAUUUCACCCGGCAUUGUGUUUUCAUAUGCUCAAGUCCGAGGCUCGGUGCCUAUUUUCUGGGAACAAGCUCCAGGCCUCAUUCCGGGUCAGCAAAAGAUCGAGGUCACACGGUCGAGCGACGCAACACAGCACGCAUUCAACAAACACUUUGAAUCGUUGGAGUUGGAAUAUGGUGCAGUACAUGUAGUAAAUCUGCUAAGUGAGCUGAAGCCUGGGGAAGCAGAGUUGUCGUGCAAGUUUCGACAGCACAUCAACAAGAGCUCAACCCGACAGAAAGAAGGUGAUGGGACAUCUCCACAUCGGAGCCUCUUGCGAAUGACAGAAUAUGAUUUCCUUGCUGAGACCCGAGGUCCUUCGGGAUAUGAAGCCAGUUCUCAGAUCAAGCAUGAGCUUAUCAACUCAUUAGAUGAGUUUUCCUAUUUUCUGUCGGAAGACUCAGGUCGUCCUAAUAAGACCUCCUACGACGGGGCUGAUGCAGUGAACAACUCUUCGGUCAUUCUACAGCAGGAGGGUGUUUUUCGGACUAACUGCUUGGAUUGCCUGGACAGAACUAACCUCGUCCAAACCAUCAUCAGUUCGAUGGCAUUUGAGACCUUUUUAUCACAGCAAGGCGGCAGUCUCAGCUCGGACUUGCAGGUUCGGCAUUCGACCAUCUGGGCGGACAAUGGUGAUGCUCUUUCGAAGAUCUAUGCCGGCACUGGCGCCCUUAAAUCUUCUUUCACCAGACACGGGAAAAUGUCUCUUGCCGGGGCACUUGCAGAUGCACGGAAGAGUGCCACUCGACUUUAUGUCAACAAUUUUACAGAUAAAGCCAAACAAAAGACGAUCGAUCUUCUCUUGGGGAGGCUAACCAACCAACUUCCUGUAUACCUUUACGAUCCAAUCAAUGAUUUGGUUAUUGAGGAAUUGAGCCACCGAACUCCAGAAUAUUCUUCCCGCAAACAAGUCCGGUUCUGGGUCGGCACUUUCAAUGUGAAUGGACGUGAUGAAGGCCCAGGUACUGACCUCACUCCCUGGCUUUUCCCAGGGUCGGACGAGUCGGACGAAGAUCCAGCAAUAUUUGUUGUAGGAUUCCAGGAAAUUGUCGCCCUGAGCCCUCAACAAAUCAUGUCUACUGAUCCUAGUACCCGCAAGGUGUGGGAAAGAGCAGUCUACGAUUGUUUAAAUGCCCAUUCAAAGAUGAAAGGGACUGGAAAAUACGUGCACCUGAGGAGUGGCCAACUAGUCGGCGCUGCCGUUUUGCUUUAUGUGAAAGAAGACUCACUGAAGUACAUCAAAAACGUUGAAGGCAGCACCGGCCUUUCCGGGAUUGCUGGCAACAAAGGCGGCUGUGCUGUUCGCUUCGACUUCUCGAACACGAGUGUUUGUUUUGUUACCGCACAUCUUGCUGCUGGAUUUGCAAAUUACGAUGAAAGAAACAGGGAUUACGAGAUUAUCGAUCGAGGCCUGAGAUUUCAAAAGAACCGGUCAAUCGCUGAUCAUGAUGCAGUGAUCUGGCUUGGUGAUUUCAACUAUCGAAUUGGGUUGGGCAACCCAAGUGUAAGAGAGCUUAUCUUGCAGCGAGACUACCGAAGGCUAUAUGACAACGAUCAGUUGAAUCUGCAGAUGGUAGCGGGCAGGGUGUUCCAGUUCUAUUCAGAAGGCCCAAUUGAGUUCCCGCCCACUUAUAAGUACGAUGUUGGAAGAGAUAGCUACGAUACAUCUGAGAAAGCACGGAUCCCUGCAUGGUGUGAUCGAAUCUUAUGGAGAGGAAGCAGCCUUCGGCAAACUAACUACCAAACUGCGGAUUUGAAAGUGUCUGACCAUCGUCCAGUCUGGGCAACCUUUGAUUGUGUUAUUGAUAUCGUCAAUUAUACACUGAAAGAAAGUCUUAGGCGAUCAAUAUACGAGGAGAAACAAGGUCAUGGUCACACUUCUCUUGCAGACUCCGUCUCUCUUUUGGACUUGGAUGAUGAUGAUGAAACCACACCGCAUGUUUCUAUCGCACCUGGGCUGCCACCGGCAAGCUCUGACAGAAGCCGAUGGUGGCUAGACAAUGGCGCAUCAGUAAAAGCAACAGUCCAACCACCGAAACAAGGGUAUAUUCCAAAUCCCCAACGCAAAUCCAAUCCAUUUUCUGCAGAUGUCGAUUGGGUACUGAGUCCGGACUCGAUUGAGAACAAAAACGCCGAGCCUAUUCCAGUUACGAAGAAGUCAAUGCUACCUCCGCGGCGUGACACUUCUGAGUCGUUCACGGAGUCUUUAUUGCCUCAGGCAGAUGGAACUAAGAAAGUUCGACCGGCUGUUCCUCGCAAACCGCUAUCACUAAGUUCUCAGGGGAAAGUCGGGACAGUAUCACCUAGUAGUCAACAUACAUCACGGCAGGACAGUCCGGGGGAUGGCGUCACCGCCGGUAUGGGCUCUACAGAUCUCCUCAGUGACUCAGGCAGUGAGCAGAUCGAGUGGAAGCCGCUGUUUCAAUGA